AGUCAGCCCAAAAGAAGAAGAAGAACAAAGCGGAAGCCUAUAAAAAAAAGAAAAAAAUCCUAGAAGCUUGUGAACACCAUCGACGUGUUGUGUUGGCGUUCACACUAAAAUGUCUUCCCUUCUAUUAUUUAGGUCAUUUGUCAGUGACAGACUGACUGUGGCCGUGGAGGAAAUAAUGGGGAUGUUUGAGAAAACAAUGGCGGAAUACAAGGAGGAGCUGCUGGGAGCUCGUCAGCCCAACAACAACUGCGAUGCUGCUCACCACAUCUGGCCUAUGCUAACCACAGUGAAGGUCUCUCCUGUGCAUCGGGAGACGACUCCAGUGCCUCCAUACAUCAAAGAAGAUGCUGCUCACCACAUCCGGCCUAUGCUAACCACAGUGAAGUUUUCUCCUGUGCAUCGGGAGACGAGUCCAGUGCCUCCAUACAUCAAAGAAGAACCGGAAGAAAUCUGGACAAGUCCGAUAGCAAAACCAGAGGAGUUUGGUACCCCCAACGUCCGGUUCCCCUCUGCUCCUGUUAACGGUGAAGGCGCUAAAGAGAAACCUCUGUCCUCUAGCAUACAGCAAAGGCAGAGUGUUGAGAACAGAGAAACCGCUUCAUCAGUCUCCAGCCCAGGUGAGCCAUUUGAAGGCGAACUUUAUGGAGAGGACCGCAGAGGCCCCGGUGCGACUUUUCACUCGGAUACAGCUGGUAUUCUAAAAGCAGCCAACAAUACUCCACCUGCGGUUUUUCAUCAUUUAAUGACGGAAGACUUGAAUAACGGCAGGAACUUUUUCGUCAAACAUAAGCCGCCGUCAGACUCGCAGAAGUACGUCGAUCCCGUACCUCCUCAUAGCUCUCGCCAUCCCACGAAAUGUUACGAGUGCCCAGAGUGUGGCAAAAUAUUCAAAUACAACAACAUAUUGCAGAGGCAUAUGUCGUGUCACACCGGAGCCAAGCCAUUUGGCUGCAUUGAAUGCGGCAGAAAAUUUACACAAAAGUCGAGUUUGGACCGACACAAAAGAAUGCACACGGGGGAGAAGCCUUUUAGCUGUUUGUUUUGUGGCAAAACCUUCACCCGUGGGGGCACAUUGACCUCACACAUGAGGUUUCAUACGGGGGAGAACCCUUUCACUUGCUCCAUAUGCAAGAAAGGUUGUAACAACAGGGCGGCGCUUUUGAAGCACAUUCGCACACACGAGAGUUACAUAUAGUAAAGAGUUCAGUCUCAAGUGUCAGUCAUUUAUUUAUGAUGAUACAAAAUGCCGGUUGCAAGCAGCGCUUUUCCACAGUUGCUGAACCGUAAGGGAACACAUUUAUGCAGUCUUUUGAAACAUCACCAGACGUCCGCAGGUUAAUCCGUUCUAAAAGGUCACGGGAAGACAGAAUCAUACACACACAUAAAAUAAUUGCUUUUUCUUACCCAGAAUGCAAAAUUCCGAAGCUUCAACGUACAAUUUGAAGGACCCAUAGGGUCCAGGUGACUAAUAUUUACAGGUUAUCUGUAGUUAUUGCUCUUGAAAAUUAAUCUGGUCGUCACUUCCCAUAAUUUUUGACUUUCCAUCACCAGACUCUAUAUGCCACUAUUACUAGACCUGGCCUCGGUUCUGCUGAUGCAAGCCCCGGUUCCUAAAUGUGCUGAAAUGAGUGUGUAUUUAGAGGAACAUUUUACCUGUAGAACUCUUGAAUUUCAAUCCUACAAAUAAAUCACCAAAAGACGCAAUCCCUACCUCGAUUUUCAUACGUAACACUUUGUUUGAUUCGUUGUUGAAUGAAAAUGUCAAAUCAUGCCUUAGUUUUCGUACACUGUCUCGUUAUUAUCCAGCCAAACGUUGCUUGUAACCAACUUGUUUGUCAGGCGGCUUAUCAUUGUGCGUAAUCGAGUGACCCAAGCUUUGCUCGAUAUUGACGAUAAACAAUAUAAGCUUUUAACACUAUCAUUAUAUCGUGAGAAUGCAUGGCGAUGACAUAUUCUAGCUCUGUCCUGUCAAUUUGACAGCGACAAACAGAUGUGUCCUCAACGUACCGUAGACAUAUUUUUAGGCCCAGAACUCUGAAUUCCUGCACUUGAUGUAAUAAUCAUAUGUCCGUAUUUCCGUAGGCGUGUGCCCUUGUUUGUGUUUGUUCACGUCUGUCAAUGCACCUCGCUGGAGCGAUAGGUGGAGAAAGACGAAGUGUUGGUGGGUGUGUGUAGAGAUGGUGUGCAAAUUGGGGUUAUUGGAACUCGUGAGCGUUGCCAUUGACGUGUUAUGGUCAGAAUAAAGAAAAUACAAAUGAG